AUGUUUAAGUCAUUUAUGAAAAAGAAAAAGGAAAAAGAAGAAAAUCUUGUUAUUAGUGAGCCAGAAGGAUUUCAACAUAUUCAUCAUGGAGAAUAUACAUUAGGAGAAUUAACAGGAAUUCCACCAGAAUGGGAAGCACAAUUAAAAUCAUCAGGAAUUACAGAAAAAGAAAUUAAAGCACAUCCAGAAGUUGUUCAUGACGUAUUAGAUUUUCAUAAUAAAAAUUUAGCAGAAAUAGAAGAAACAGAAGUUGGAAAAGAAGAAAAUGAAAAAGAAAUAAAUUGUAUGAAAGAAGAUGAUGGACAAUUCCAACUUCAAAUUCAACCAUUACCUGAUGAAAAAGAAGUUGAUUUAAAGAGUUUUAUUAAUAAAAAUGAUCCAGAUGAAAUAUAUGAAAAUUUAGAAAAGAUUGGAGAAGGAGGAGUUGGUGAUGUCUUUAGAGCAACAAGGAAAGUUGAUGGAUGUGAAGUUGCAUUAAAAAGAAUGAGAAUUACAAAGAAAAGUAAAAGAGCAAUUGUUACAGAAGUUACUAUAUUAAAUCAAUAUCGACAUGAAAAUGUAGUGACUUAUAUUGAAUGUUAUUUAAUUAAUGAAAUGUUAUGGUUAGUAAUGGAAUAUAUGGAUGGAGGAUGUUUAACUGAUAUUAUAGACAGACAUAAAGAAGUACCAUUAACAGAACAUUUUAUUAGUUUUAUUUGUACAGAAACAUUAAAAGCAUUAACAUAUCUCCAUUCAUUUCAUUGUGUUCAUAGAGAUAUUAAAUCAGAUAAUUUAUUAUUGAAAAAAGAUGGAAGUAUUAAAUUAUCUGAUUUUGGUUAUGCUGCUCAACUAACUAAACAAAAAUCAAAUAGAACAAGUAUUGUUGGAACACCAUAUUGGAUGGCACCAGAAUUAAUCAGAAGUCAACGAUAUGAUGAAAAAGUUGAUAUAUGGUCUUUAGGAAUUAUGUGUAUGGAAAUGGCUGAUGGAAACCCACCAUAUAUGGAUUAUCCUCCAAUGAGGGCAUUAUUUCUUAUUACUACUAAAGGAAUUCCUCCUUUAAAAGAUAAAGAAAAAUGGAGUACUUUAUUUAAUACUUUUGUUAGUGAUUGUUUAGUACUCAAUCCACAACUUAGAAAAACAUCAUUUGAAAUGAUAAAACAUCCGUUUUUAGAGACUAAAGUUAGUAAAUCAGAAAUGGCUGAUUUAAUUCAAAAGGUUGCUGAUUUACCUCCUCAAGAAGAUGAUGAUGAUGAGAGUGAAAUAGAUAGUGGAAUAGAUGAUGAAUAAAUAUCAAUAGUUCAUUUCAAC